UUUGAUUAGCAAGUGCUUUGACGCGAGCGCCACACAAGUCACAAGGUGCAGAGUCACCCAACUUCCUCACACUCACACAGCUACUUUGCCUUCUCAUGGUGGAAAACUGCGCAACUCCUCAACCGUCCAAAUUCCACUAAUAAAGGAUAAAUUUAUCGUCUGAUCUUCAUUAGCCGGUAAACAUUCUUUAUGAUUGUAUUUUUUAUUCCAAAUUUUGGGUUCAAUUAUCGGUUUUUAUGAUUGCAAUUGUGUGUGAAGUGGGGAUCUGUUUUAUAUGAUUGUUAACUUUUUGUAGUGUUAAUUUUUUUGAGUAAUUUUGGAAGAUUUGGAGGAUACCCAGUCCGGGAUUUUUUAAUUUUUUUAUUGGAGAAUAAAUGGGUACUUUGCUUAAGAUUCAUACUAAGCUUGAACUUUGGAGCCCUAUAAUUCAUGGGUUUUCAGAGAAAUGGUCUAAUUUGAGAGUUUCAAAAGGAAAUCAGCAUUUUAUUAGAAAAUCCAGUAAAAAAUGGUGCAAAACUGGGUUUGUUAGCGCAAGCAGAAGUACCCUUUUGGAAUUAGUUCCAGAGACCAAGAAGGAAAACCUUGAAUUUGAGCUGCCCUUAUAUGAGACAUCAAAGAACAUGGUGGUAGACCUUGUUGUUGUGGGAGGUGGCCCUGCUGGACUUGCUGUUGCGCAGCAAGUUUCCGAGGCUGGUCUCUCGGUUUGCUCGAUUGAUCCAUCCCCUAGAUUAAUAUGGCCUAAUAACUAUGGUGUUUGGGUGGAUGAGUUUGAAGCCAUGGAUUUGCUUGAUUGUCUCGAUACUACUUGGUCGGGUGCUGUUGUUUACAUUGAUGAGGGGUUGAAGAAGAAUCUUGAUAGGCCAUAUGGAAGGGUUAAUAGAAAGCUAUUGAAGUCCAAAAUGAUGCAAAAAUGUAUAACAAAUGGGGUAAAAUUCCAUCAAGCAAAAGUGACAAAAGUGAUACAUGAAGAAUCUCAAUCUGUAAUUAUAUGCAAUGAUGGAGUCAGAAUCCAAGCUUCUGUUGUUUUGGAUGCAACGGGGUUUGCUCGAUGCCUUGUUGAGUAUGAUAAGCCAUACAAUCCAGGUUACCAAGUUGCUUAUGGAAUUGUGGCUGAAGUUGAAGGACACCCUUUUGAUGUGGAUAAGAUGUUAUUUAUGGAUUGGAGAGACUCACACUUGGAUGACAAUAAGGAAUUAAAAGAGAAAAAUAGAAAGAUUCCAACAUUUCUAUAUGCAAUGCCCUUCUCUUCAAAUAGAAUAUUCUUGGAGGAAACCUCGCUUGUAGCUCGACCUGGAGUUGCUAUGGAAGAUAUUCAACAAAGAAUGGAAGCUCGAUUGAGACACCUUGGCAUAAAAGUGAAGAGCAUUGAGGAAGAUGAACGUUGUGUAAUCCCUAUGGGUGGUCCACUUCCUGUAAUCCCACAAAGAGUUGUUGGAAUUGGUGGGACUGCAGGUAUGGUGCAUCCUUCUACUGGUUAUAUGGUGGCAAGGACCUUAGCAGCAGCUCCAAUUGUUGCAAGUGCAAUUGUUCAGUACCUUGGUUCAGGAAGCCCAAGUGAAUUAUCUGCAGGAGUUUGGAAAGACUUAUGGCCAAUUGAGAGGAGACGACAAAGGGAAUUCUUCUGCUUUGGCAUGGACAUUUUGCUCAAACUUGAUUUGCCAGGCACAAGAAAGUUUUUUGAUGCAUUUUUCGAUCUAGAACCGCGGUAUUGGCAUGGAUUCUUGUCCUCUCGUCUAUAUCUUCCAGAACUUAUAUUUUUCGGGUUAUCCCUUUUUGGUCAUGCUUCUAAUUCUUCUAGGCUAGAAAUAAUGACAAAAGGCACUCUUCCUUUGAUAAAUAUGGUCAACAACUUAGUCAAAGAUAAAGAGUAAUAUGUUUUAGAUAUUGUUCAAUCUUUUGUGAUCAUACAUAUACAGCUCAUUUCCUUCAGCUUGUAGAUGUAUAAUAAAUAUAAUAUAAUAUAAAUUGUGAAUUACUUUCUUUGCA